UGCCUUCCGCUGGCAUCUGGGAACUUAGAUUUUGGGAGGGUUCCCACUCUUCCCUAUCGAGAGUGGCUCACUGUGCCAAGACUCUUCUUUCAAACAAUAUGAUUUGUCUUGAACAUGUGUUUUCCUCUGGGAUUCUGGAAUUUUGGUAUGUACUAGGAUAUGUACUAGGAAUAGCCCCCCAUAAAAGCCAUGGGCACUGAGUCUCUAAUAGGCUAACACAUUUCACAUGAGUUAUUACAACUUGUUGCUGGGGAAGUGAGCAUAUCCUCUGUGACUUCAUGGAGACAGGACUCUUGGAAACUUGUGCCUCGUUUUCCCCCAGACUUUGCCACAACUUUUCCCUUUGCUGCUUUUGCCUUGUAUACUUUCAUGGUAAUAAAUCAGUUAUGUGCUAAAUCUUGGGAGUCCUAAGGAAUCACUGAAUCUGGGCGUCAUCUUAGGGACCUCCAGCACACCUGCGAAACGUCCAUUCACUUCCUUCUCCUUUUCUGCCAGAUUCUCCAGACAUUCCUUGGCUUGUGGCAGCAUAACUGAUGUCUGCCUCUGUCUUCACAUGGUCUCAUCUUCCCUGUGUGUUUCUUCUCAGUGUGUCUGGUAUAAGGACACUCAUUGGAUUUUAGGGCCUACCUGGAUAAUCCUGGAUGUUCUCAUCUUGAGAUCCCUAUAAUUACAUCUGCAAAGACCGUUUUACCAAAUCAGAUCACAUUCACAUGUUCAUGGGGUUACGAUGUGAACAUAUCUUUGGGGGGGGUGGCACCAUUCAACCCACUACAAAGGAGUAUGUGGACACGUGAUUUUAAGGGGAAAAAAUGUCCAGAGCCUCACUUCUAUAUGUCUUCUUUCCCAAAACUGAUCUGUGUGGGAAGUCUUCUGCCAUUCUUCUGCCAGGCUUUGUGCUGUGCUGGUUUUCCUUUUCCAUAUUCCCUUUCUCAUUCAUGCUACUUAUACUUCACAGAAGGCAUACCUCUCUCCAUUUAGAUUGUUAUGUUUUACUGCCUCAGGGGCAUCAAAUAAAGGGACAGUUAGAAGCACUGGCCUUGACUUAAGGUGGGUGAACAACAGCAGUGACAGCAUCUGGGCCCAGAGGGAAUAUAUCACCCAAAUGAACUUACUCUUCACUCCACAGGUCCUGGCUUCGAGGAGCAAGAGAAAUCAAGUAAAGGAUGAGGAGGAGGUUCCUGGAGUUGCAUAUGGUCAUUUCGUGGGACAUCCGUUACCUGAGACUGAGAUUUUGGAACAGAAACUUAGGGCAGAUCCAGAAGAGACUAAAAACAACAUCCUAGUUACUUGGCAUUUCCCAAAACAAGAAAAUGAUGAAGGCUCAGGGAUCGCUGACACUGAAGGAUGUGGCCGUGGACUUCACAUGGGAGGAGUGGCAGCUCCUGGACCCUGAUCAGAAGGACCUGUACAGGGACGUGAUGCUGGAGAACUAUAGCAACCUGGUGUCCAUAGGGUAUCAAGUUAACAAACCUGAUAUACUCUCCAAGUUGGAACAAGGAGAACCACCAUGGACCUUAGAAGAUGAAGUUCACAGUCACCCCCAUCCAGAAAUUGAUAAAGUGGAUGAUCAUAUGCAGCCACACUGGCAAAACCAAAGUAUACUGAAAAUGUUGGAACAGUGUUAUGAACAGAAUGCAUUUGAGAAUAUUAUUUAUCAGAGCAAAAGUUGUUUUCCUUUGAGGCCAAAUCAUGAUGUAUUUGAUUUACAUGGGAAAACUAUGAAAUCAUAUUUAGAUGUAAUCAACCUGAGUACAAGCUGCAAAAAAAUAGAGUCUGCUGAGUUUAAUGGAGAUGGGAGAUCCUUUCUCCAUGUUGAUCAUGAGCAAACUCAUACUGAAAUUAAACAUCGGGACAUACACAAAAUAGAGAAUACCCACGAAUGUACUGAAUGUGGGAAAGCCUUCCUCAAGAAGUCUCGGCUCAAUGAACAUAAGAGAAUUCAUACAGAAAAGAAACCCCACAGAUGUAGUGUCUGUGGGAAAACCUUCUCCAAGAAGUUCAAGCUCACUGAACAUCAGCGAACUCACAAAGGAGAGAAACCCCAUGAGUGCCGUGAAUGUGGAAAAGCCUUCCUCAGGAAAUUUCAGCUUACUGAACAUCAGAAGACUCAUACAGGAAAUAAACCCCAUGUAUGCAGUGUAUGUGCGAAAGCAUUCUACAGAAAGUUCAAGCUAACUGAACACCAGAGAACUCAUACAGGAGAGAAACCCUAUGAAUGUCCUGAAUGUGGCAAAGCCUUCUUUAGGAAGGCAGAGCUCGUUAUACAUCAGAGAAACAAAAGAGGAGAAAAACCCCAUGUAUGCAAUGAGUGUGGGAAAGGUUUCUCCAGAAAAUCACAGCUCAUUCUGCACCAGAAAAUUCAUACAGGAGAGAAAUCUUAUAUAUGCAGUGAAUGUGGAAAAGGUUUCAUACAGAAGGGCAAUCUUAUUAUACAUCAACGAACUCACACUGGAGAGAAACCCUAUGGAUGCACUGAAUGUGGUAAGGCCUUCAGCCAGAAGGCAUGCCUCAUAGCACAUCAGCGAUUUCAUACAGGAAAGACUCCCUUUGUAUGUACUGACUGUGGAAAAUCUUGUUCACAGAAAUCAGGACUCAUUAAACAUCAGAGAAUUCACACAGGAGAGAAACCCUAUGCAUGCAGUGACUGUGGGAAAGCCUUCACUACAAAGACAAUGCUCAUUGUCCAUCAAAGAACUCACACGGGAGAGAGGCCCUAUGGAUGCAAUGAGUGUGGGAAAGCUUUCUCCCACAUGUCAUGCUUGGUUAAACAUAAGAGGACACACACAAGAGAGAAACAAGUAGAUUCAGUGAAGGUGGAAUAUCCUUCCACAAAGGGUCACAGCUUAUUAGAUACUAGUGAACUCAUGCAGGGGGAAAACACUGUUAAUAUGGUGACUGUGCAGAUGCCUUCUGCAACCCCUCAGACAUCAUUAAACAUCAGUGGGCUCCUAGCAGAUAGGAAUGUAGUCCUUAUGGAACAGCCAGAGGCCAGAGGUGCACCCUCAGGAGAUAACAGAGAGUUUGUGCAGGAGAGAAACUUCAUGAAUGCAAUGAAUGUGGUUAUGCCUUCAGUGGUCAAUUAUAUCUUAUUUUAUGUCACAAAAAACACAUAGGAAAAAACUGGUACAUUCUAUUUGGAAAAGCCUUGAGCAAUAAUGUAUAGCUGAUUAUAUGGUUAUGUAUAAAAAGCAAACCUAUGAAGGCAGAGGUUAGGAAAGCUGUGUUUUGGAAGACAGAUCCUAUUAUCAGUGAUUACCAAGGUCAUCAGUGAGCUUAUAGUGUGUAAAAAUAUGAGAGUGGUAAAGUCCUUCCCUCAAUAGGUGUCAUUACAUACUGGAGAGAAAUUUGGAAGGCAGUGAAUGUGGCAGGGUUUUCUGCCCCAUCCAUUAGCUGAUGAAAUCAUAUACAAAUAAAACACUGUGAACACACUAAUUGUGGAAUAUCUUACUAAAGUUCUUGUGAAGCAAAGCCUGUGAAAAUGAGAAACAUUCGAGAGCUUUAUGUACCAAUUCCCACUUCAUAAUACAUUACACAAUAUACCUGAUGUAUAUUUUUGGACAGGAAACCUUGAACAAUAUUCCUAGUUACUAUGCUUAUGAUUCCAUAAUUUUAAGGAGAAAGACAGUCUACCCCACAUCACUGGUUAAGGUUAUCAUGUUAUACUCAUUUCUCCUAAUUGUGGAUUCUUUUUCUUUUUUUAAAAAAAAAAUAUCUUCAACGCCCACCCAAUAUAUGAUUAGCUGCUGCAUUUCUUAGGCUCUAAAUUUAUUUAAAUAUUAUUUCAGACAACUGAAUUCCCUCACAACAGAAAUGAAUAUUAAAUUCAUAAAUAUAACUUAAUGUCCUUGAAUGAGCUUAAGUUCAAUUUAUAAAUAAGACUAAGCAUUAUACCAUAAAGGUCACUAUAAAUGUGAUUUUUAAAAUUUUCUGGACUUGAAAAGGUAGUGAAAUCAGGUUUGCAAAAUGAACUGAAAGCCCAAGGACAAUUAGUAAUUUAAACCUAUAAAUUAACUAACAAAAUACAUUCCAACAUAACUCUUGGUAGUUUUCCUGAAAACAUGAAAAUAAAAUGGGCAAUUUGAACACAAAUUAAGAUGACUCUUCUUGCUUCCAUCCUAGCUCUCUCUUCUCUGACUAUCCAAAUUAUUCUCAGAAUCCUGGGAAUAUGAAAAUCUAAACUGGAUAACUAUUCAGCUGCAUUCUUCCCUCUGGAGAUAGCUCCCUGCCCAACCCUUCCCUUUGCCUCAUUGAUGGAAUGGAUAUAGAUGUCAGGAAGAAUGUUGGGGUGGUUCCAUUUCCUCUCAACUAAGGGACUCUCGAGUCUUACAUGUUUGAGUGUCACAUGAGGAAGAGAAAAGUAGAUCAUAAUAGAAUCAACUGUGGCCUGGUAUCAUACUUCACAGAGCUGGAUCGACUGAAUCAGAUUGGGAAUAGGUCAAGGAGCUCUGGAAGUGUGGGCUCAAUCUGGUUCUAGACUGGAAUACUAUAGGCCUUUAACCAAUCUGGCAAAUACUUUCAGAAUCUCUAUAAUUACUGAGCUGUAGCCAGGAGUAAUGUCAGUAGGGACUGGCAUAAAACUGAUGUAGCAUUAAGGUUCAGACCAAGUCUACUGCUGGAAAACUGGGAUUUGAGGAAGAGCAUGAGGUCAGGUCCCUUAGGGAGAAGCUAGGAGUGGAGGCAUGUAAGUAGAUGAGGUAUCUUACUGGCAUUGUAAAUGAUUUUUAAAAAACAUAUGAUGUAAAAACUUAGAAUUACUUGAAGAGAACAUCUCAAUUGUUUUCUUAAGGAUUUUAAUGUGGAAUAUAUGAGGAUCUUAGAUCAUGUAUAAACAUUGCUAUAUCAGUUUCAAUACAAAGCAGAAAUAUAACAAAUAUCAAAUAUCAUCUUCCUGAGUUUGUGCUCAAAUAUAAGGUCUUGAAUGUAAGUUAUAGUCUGUAAAAUUUAGACUGUAAGCUUCAUGAAGAAGUAACAAGUACUUCUACUGUUUAGGGACCUUCUGUUAACCCCUAUAUUACCAGAUGUCUAGAAUGUCUGACAGAGUAGGCACUCAUUGUUAAUUGGCUGAGUCUCAUCCAAUAAGCAAUCUGGUCUUGCUCAACUGAGAUCUAAAGUAGGAUCAGAAAGGACCAAACUGUUUCCAAGUACCUUUAAUGUAUCUCAAAACAAACCUCAAGAAUAUUUAUAGGAGUGCAAACACAUUAAUUAACAAUGUUUGUCAUCCAACCAAAAAUUACCAAGCAUGCAUAAAAGCCAGAAAGUGUGACCAAUAUUGAGAAAAACCAAUCAGAAGUGACUGGAAACUGACGAUGCUAGAUUGAGCAAACAAGGACAGUAUGAUAACUGUAUAAAAAUUUAUAACUAUAUUCCAUUGGAUCAAAAAGUCAGAGAAGUGAUUAACAUGUUAAUUAUAACAAUGUGUAAUGGGGUUUAAAAAUAUUUUAUAUGUUACAUGUUCAUAUUUUAUAAGCCCUCCCAUAAUAUUGUUUCUUCAUUCACUAUCUUGAGAAGAGAGUGGAGGGCAGUUUGAGAGAUUUCCACCUGGUGUUCCUCACAAUGAUACCUCUUACCCCAUUGGCUGAGAACUCAAGGCUUUUCUCUUUUUAAUAAAAGCUUUUAUUAGCUUUUGUUCUCUUUGUACGUGAGUUUCUUUUGCCUUGUCAUCAACUUCACUGGUCUUUUCUUUUGCAUACCCUAAUAGGCUAAAAAACUGCUCAUGCUUUUUAAGACCCCCCCAGCACAGCCCCUUGUAUCAUUUUGGAUAGUUUCUAUUGCUGUGUCUUCAAGUUAACUAAUCUUUUCUUAUGCCAUGUCUAAUUGCCAUUAAUUCCAUCAGUGUAUGUUUUCUUUCAAAUUGUAGUUUUUAAUCUCUAGAAAUUUGACUUGGGACUUUCUUUUUAUAUCUUUCACAUCUCUAUUUAACAUGGUUUACUUUUAACCUAUUCAUCACUUAAUAUUUAAAGUGGUUUUCUAGAAGGUAACAUAUAGUUAGGCCUUGCUUUUUUAUCGAGUUGACAAUAUGUCUUUUUAUUGGGGUGUUUAAAUCAUUUAUGUUUAAUGUGAGAAUGUAGUUAGGUUGAGACUAAAAAUGUACAAUUUGCUAUUCAUCCCACCUAUUUUUUUUUUAAUUUAUAUUUUUGGCUUGUGCUGGGUCUUCGUUGCUGUGUGUGGGCUUCCUCUAGUUGCAGCAAGCGGGGGCUACUCUUUGUUGUGGUGCACGGGCUUCUCAUUAUGGUGGCCUCUCCUGUUGCAGAGCACAGGCUCCUGGCACACAGGCCUCAGUAGUUGUGAAACGCAGGCUCAGUAGCUGUGGUGCACGGGCUUAGUUGCUCCGCAGCAUGUGGGAUCUUCCUGGGCCAGGGCUCAAACCCGUGUACCCUGCAUUGGCAGGCAGAUUCUUAACCACUGUGCUACCAGGGAAGCCCCCAUCUAUUCUUUGCUCCCCUUUUCCUACCAUCUUUUGGAGUAACUGAGUAUGUCUUAUGAUUAUUUAUCUUCUUUGUUGGCUUAUUUUAUUUAUUUAUUUAUUUAUCUAUUUAUUUAUUUAUUUAUGGCUGCACCAUGCACGGCUUGUGGGAUCUUAGUUUCCCGACCAGAGAUUGAACCCUGGGCCCCCAGCAGUGGAAGCACGGA